AGCGAUCGGCUCAGACGGAAGCAACGUCAGCGGGGCCUGCGCGGGGUCAGGAUGUUCGCAUGCUGCUGCGAGCGGGCGGACAAGGAUGUGGUGGAAGUGGUUGGAGGCGUUCCUCUGACCAUGUCUGAGGCGCACGAGAACCAGGACCCUGAGGGCAAAAAGGAAACCGUUGAAGAUGAGGGGGGCUUGUCCUUCACCUUUGAGCUCCCCAAUAAGACCACGAAGGAAGUGCGUUUCUUGGCGAGACCCUUGGGCUUGGAUUUCAGCAGAUCCAUUCCGAUGCACGUCAAGGCUGUGAAGCAGGACUCAUUGGCGGCGGCAGCCCAGAUCCAACCCAAGUGGGUCAUCACCCAUGUGCAGGGGGUGGAAUUACCCACGGAGUUUACCGAUGCUAUGCACAGCAUCUACAACGCUGUGCAGAAGCUUCCCGAAAAAAAAUGUGAUGCCCGAGUGGUUCUGGCAAAGUCUCACCCAACGGACCACAGGGCUUGUGCCCGAGACACCGAGCAAAAUCCCAAAUUCCCAAAGACGUUCUUUGGGGCAACAUGCCAGAGAUUUCUGAUGAUUUCUGUCCUGGUUCAUGGAUGUUUAUGGGAUGAAAAGACUAAAAUCCAUCAUGAGAUUCGGCACCACGUGGCGAUUGCUCGGACAACGAGUUGUGCGCCCUGUCCUAGGCCGUGCAGUUUCACUGGAGAACAUUUGAAUUUUGAGGACCCCAUAGGACAUAUCACAUUCGAUUCACAUUCACGGUGGAUAUUCCAGGGGCACCAGAACUCACCAGUGAAGCUGACAAAUUUCUGAAAGUCAACACCCUGCAGGGCUUUCCACUUUUGGGGCUUGCUGCAGGGAUGGAACUCUGGGACUCUCCAGAAUUCUCGAGUGGUAUCCAUUGUAAGCCAGCCUGCUGAGC